CGGAUCGCAUCGGUCGCGAGUGGACUGUUUUCGCAGAAAAUUUUAUUUUGAAGCCAUGAUAGAUCGGCCGGUACUAAGGUACUUUUAAAAUAUGAAACGUUCGUCGAACUUAAUAUAUGUAUUUUUUCGGUUUAUUACCAGUUCACUGUUAUGAUCGCGUCGUAACGCACCACUCCCGAGAAUCCGUCGAUAUUAUGUGGCCGAAACGAAGAAGCCGCGAAGAAAUUCUACAAUUAUGAUGCCCAUGGUGUAUACUGUUUACGGUUUUGCCAUAUUCUUCAUGAUAGCGUGGGUGUGUCUGUGGCUUAUUCAUAUAAUGGCUCUGUCGUAUUCGAAGUGGAAGCUGCACCGCACUGUGGACCGGUCCCCACCGGAGACGCCGUAUCCCGGCGUGACGAUUCUCAAACCUCUCACCGGUACCGACCUUAAUCUCUUCUCCAACCUGGAGACGUUCUUUACGCUCGAUUAUCCGACCUACGAAAUAUGUUUUUGUGUGGAGACCGAGCACGACGCCGCUGUUGUAGUGGUGAACACUUUGCUUCACAAAUAUCCUCACGUAGACGCUCGCCUUUUCACCGGCGGAAAGCAUGUUGGGGUGAAUCCGAAAAUCAACAACUUGCAGCCAGGCUACUUAGCGGCUAAGUAUCCGCUCAUAUUAAUAAGCGACGCCGGCAUUCGCAUGCGGGAUGAUACUCUGCUAGACAUGGUGCAGCACAUGCGGGAGGACGUGGCUAUAGUGCAUCAGAUGCCGUUCGCAUGGGACGCGGAGGGUUUCGCCGCGGUGUACGAGAAGGUGUUCUUUGGAACAGCACAAGCGCGGAUGUACCUCGGAGCGGAUCUGUUAGGGAUCAAUUGCCAUACGGGGAUGUCGUCGCUGGUCCGACGAUGUGCAUUGGAAGAAGCUGGUGGCUUGCAAGCGUUUGCGGAUUAUUUAGCGGAAGAUUACUUCAUGGCCAAGGCGGUAAUGGCGGCGGGGUGGAAAAUGCGGGUGUCAUCGCUGCCGGCGCUGCAGAACACAGGUGCUCGGUCAGUGGGCGGGCUCCAGGCGCGAUUGGCGCGCUGGGCCCGCCUGCGGAUUGCUAUGGUGCCAACGACAGCGCUAUUAGAACCUCUCACGGAGUGCAUGCCCCUCGGCGCCGGCGCCGCCUGGGCCGCUGGACACUUGUUCAACGCGGAACCCCUACCGUUCUUCCUGGUGCAUGUGUUAGUGUGGUUCCUUUCAGACUGGUUAAUGUUGCGAUCUGUGCAAAAUGGAUCACCCCCAUUCACUAAAGUGCAGUUUUUGCUAGGCUGGGUGUGGAGUGAGUGUUGUGCCCCCUUUGUGUUGGCAGCCGCGCUAAUCAGCCCAGAGAUCUCAUGGAGGACUCGGAGCUACAGGCUCGAUUGGGGCGGUCAUGCCCAUGAACUUAAACCUUUGAAAACUGAUCCAGUUGCGUUCCGUAUUUAAAAAGCUUUAAUUUCCAAUUUGUUUACAAUUUACAUUGUGAACUGCCUAUGGGUUGUAUGUAUGAAUGAACAUUAUGUGCUAAGUGAUUAAAUUUUUUAUUUUAAAUAUAUUAUAAUUUGAAAUGGUUACUUUUGUUUUAGAAAAAAAAUGUACAAUUGUUAGAAUUAAUUUUAAUUAUCUAAUGUCAAUUUAUUGUGCAUCUCAAUUGAACUGUUGUAUGUUAUGUAAACAAAGCACAGUCUAUGUCAACCUCAUAGAGAACAAAGAACAACCUGAGAUUUCAUGGACAAAGCACUAAGACACUAGUAAAUAUCUAUGUAAUUUAAUAAAUAAUGUUUUCAUCACGUGCAUUGUUGCUUUUAACCAGCUAAAGAUUCUCAAUGAAUGCUGUUUGUUUAAGUUAGAACUUUCUACCUUGAAUAAAAAUAUUUUUACAAAAGGAUGAUUUCUAGAAGUAUAUUUAUAUGAUUCUUGUAGUGUGCCACAGUGUUGAAGCAAAACACUGCUCUAGCUGUAUGAAUUGUGACUUGAGUCAAGUUAUUAUCAUUUAAACAGCUAGAUCAGAACUUCAUAUAGGUACCGAAACAACAACAUGGAUCAUGUCAUUUAAUUUUCAUACCUGUUCUCUCUGUACAAGUUUCUAGACUGACAUUAAUAAGUUUUUCCUAAGAGUUUGUUGAGUGAAUGAGCUAAUGAUCCAAUGGAUUUCAAUAGUUGUGAUUAUUUAUUUAAUUGUGGAAUGUGAAAGGAUCUAUGGGUUUUAUAGGUAAAGAGCAAUGUACCAAUGUUACUUGAAUAUUAACACACCAAUGCCCAAAAUUUGCUAUUUUACAGUGAAAAAAGUGUUCGAAACUCUUGCUGAAGCUAGUCAAAUUUGCGUAACGAAGCAUUUUUCUUAAUUUUAAUUACCUAUUUAUUAAGAGGUAUAAUGUUCACCGCCAUUUGCCAAAGUGUUAAAAAACAAUAAAGGAUUUGUUUAAAACAAAGAAUGCUUAAAAAAAUCGCACCAUUUUUUCCAGAUACUGCUCAAUAAUUUGAAAACGGUUAUAAGCAAAUUGAACCAGUGUUAUAUGAUAUUACAGUGGAUAAGAAAACUUUGCUGU